CGGCGUGGCGAUCCGCCGGCCGUGCCGACGAAGGCGAUGACGCCGAGGGCGGUGAUCGGUCAAAUGACCGCUUUAUCCUUUAGCGCUUUUCUACCGUCCUCAGAUUCCUUCUCUCUCUUUUUCAUUUGUUCUCCGCUCAGUAUAAUACAAUAGUUGAAUAAUAGUACAGUAGAAAGUACUCGCUUUUGAGCUUUUCUUGCCGACCAAACCAGGAAUAAAGGGGAGGAAAACGUGGGUUUUGGCAUCUGUUAACGCUGUCGGAGACAAUCCCUCUCGCUUCCGAUUUUUCCUGUCCCUGUCGAUCUCACUUCGAGAGUCCGUGGAUCUGGAUCAUCUGAUAGCGGGACUUGGGAAAUAAAAAACGAUCAGAAGAGAUCGGAGCUCGAUCAGUUUAUCGAGAUUGUUAGAUAAGGAAAGCAGAGAGAAGACAUGGAAACCAAGAUGAAGAAAAUUAAAGUGCACCUUGAAAGAGUUUUUAUUUUAUCCAUAAGAACUAUAGUCAGAUUUAUUCAAUAUCAUCCCUUUGUCAUUAGUCUGGCGUUUUUCUUGCUUGUAUUGUAUAAAUCUUUUCCUUCCCUGUUUGCUUUUCUGGUUUCCUCUUCUCCUGUCAUUGCCUGCACAUUUCUUCUGCUUGGUUUCCUAUUGAGCCAUGGGGAACCUAACAUACCAGUAGUUGAGGAAGAGAAUAAAAGGCUUUCAGAUGUUUCUUCCGUGGACAUUGGAAACUUUUCAAGUUAUAUGUAUGCUAAGGAGAAUGAGAACUUCUCAAUUGAGAACCAUGUAGAUUAUGAAAAUAAUGAUGAUGAAAAGCCCAUUGCAGAUGUGGAAAUUUAUCAGGCAAUGAAUGAGCCUGAAGGAAACAAGAAUCUGAAUACUAUUAUGACCAAAAUUUCAUCAGGCGAGGAAGUGAAAAAGGAGAGCUAUAUUGUGGAAAAUGAAGCAAAUCAACUGAUUCAAGAAAAAGAACUUCCAGGUCAGAGGAGUUGUAAAGACAAAAUUCUUCUUUCUGAGGAGCUAGGUGCAGCAGAAAUGGGCACUAAGGUGAAUGAACAAGAAACUGAAAAUUUUACAUUGGAGAUUGGGGAGCCUGCCUUGGGCCGUCAAUUUGACUCCUCUUUAGGAUUGCCAUGGCUGUCCGUUGAAGAUCAUCAUGCUUCUUCAGAUACUGAAUCAGAUGGUGCAGAGAGUUCCUCUCCUGAUGCUUCCAUGACUGACAUUAUCCCCUUGCUUGAUGAACUUCACCCUCUUCUAAAUUCUGAACAUCCUGAGCAUGUUUCUAUUACGAAGUCAGAUACAACCUCUGAAGGUUCAUCUGUGGACCAUGAAAGUGACGAUAAUAGUAUUGGUGAAAAAGAUGUGCAAGAAAAAAAUGAAGUGCAAGAGGAAAAAGUUGAUGAUGAUGCUACUGCUGCAGUGAGAUGGACAGAAGAUGACCAGAUGAAUGUGAUGGAUCUUGGCUUUUCUGAAUUGGAGAGAAAUCAAAGGUUAGAAAGUUUAAUAGCAAAACGAAGAGCAAGGAAAAACCUGACAUUUAGGAUGGAUAGAAAUCUUAUUGACUUGGAUGCUAAUGACUCUUUCCUUAGUAAAGAUGAGCUAUCACGCUUUCGCAUCCAACUUCCCUCGAGAAGAAAUCCAUUUGAUAUUCCCAAUGAUUCAGAGGAAACAAUUGAUUUACCACCAAUUCCGGGCUCUGCUCCAUCUACUUUGCUACCAAGACAAAAUCCAUUUGAUUUUCUAUAUGAUGCUCAAGAACAAGAGAAUAACCUCAUGGGUGAAACUAGGAAUCUCCAGGAUUUUAUGCCAGCAUCAUGCCUUGAGAGCUUAUUUAGAAGGGAUGACACCUUUGACUUAGGAAGAAGAGGCCUUCAGCGAGAGAGGCAUCAGUCGAGGUUUAAACCUUAUUUUAUUUCAGAGAUGGAUUUAGAAGGAACUUCUACUUUUCAGAGACAAUUUAGUGACAAGAGUGAAUCAAAAGUGAGUUUUGUUUCAGAAUCAGACACAGUUUCUUCAGCUACAGAUCCGGAAUAUAAAAAAGAGAGGGAGAUGCAGGAGGUAGAUAGGGUUGUUGAACUGUCCUCUCUUGCUAAACAUGAUACUGAUGCAGGGGAUCAUGUAAUUCACGCUUCUGAAGAAGAAUCAGAUGGUGCUUAUGAAAGGAAGAGGGAACAUCUUACCAAUUAUAUCGAAAUUGAUGUGGAUGAUAAUCACAUCGAUAUAGAAAAUGAUCAAGUUGUUGAAGUCUUCAGUGCCAUAAACAAAGAUAUCAGAGAAGAAUUACGCCAAACUUUGUCCAUUUCAGAUUCUGAGAAAGUAGAAGUGAUUGAAAAGAAGCAUGAUGAGCCAAGCUCAUCAUCAUUAACACAACAAUCAUCUACCUUGGAGCAAGCAAAUAAUGUUUUCCCAGAAUCUGAUUAUUUGACAAUGGUAGAUCAAGUUUAUGACAAUAUAGUUGCAAUGCCUGUCUAUGAUUCUAGUCCAUCAGCCAGUGGAAACUCUCUCGAUAAACAGUCAACAAUUGAUGAAACUUUGCACUAUGCAGGUCAAGGUGGUAAUGUGGAUUCUUUAGUGAAGUUUGACAUGAUGAAGGAUUCCAUAGAAGUUUCAGCUCCAGAGGCAUUACAGGUCUCAGCUGCCUCAGGAACUAUGGAUUUUCUGACAGUUAAUGCAAACAUGGAGGAGUUAGAAUCCAUUGGCAUAGAACCUUUGGAAUCGUUCCUGAUUUCAGUUUCUAUUGAUGAAAACAGUUCAAGACUGAAUGAGGUUGAUGGCACCAAUGAAUAUAAUGCGGCCAAAAUUGGAAAAUCAGCUAUUCUAGAAGUUCCAGAUCAAGAUGAAAAUUUGAUUAAUUUAGAGUUAUUUGAAUCAUCAAAAUACAUGGACUCCUUGAUUGUUUCAGAGAAGAUUUCUGAGUUUAGUACCCAGUCAAUAAAUGAUCUGUUGAAGUCAAGUGAUGCCAUUGAGGUUUCAAUCCUAACUAAACAUGAAGCUGGUGCUCUGAAGACUGUUAGUAGCUCUGGUGAGGAAUCUAAUGUGGCCCAACCUUCAUCCUUAGAUACUGACAAGACUUUGCUAGCAGAGACAGAUGGAUCUGUUAAUUCUCACAUUGAAGAACUGUUGUCUAAUCUUCAAGGAUCUGAUUUAAUAUUUGAAAAGGAUAGCCAGUCUGAAUAUGUUGCUUUUGGUUCCAGAAGUUCUUUGAACCACCCUUUCAAUUCUAAAGAAAGCUCUAGUCAGAUUGUUGCUGUGUUAGGUAACCAAUCCUUCGAAGAAAGAUCCAUCAAGUCUCAGGAGUUGCAUUCAGAAGUCAGCCAAGCUGGAACUGUGGAAUCACAAAUUUGGUCUCCAUUUGGCUCUAAAGAUAACAUUGAGCAGACUGUUUAUAACCCCAAGAUUCGAAUUCUUGACUUAAGCUUAGUUGAAGAGUUUUCAGAAUAUAGUCAGCCACCUGAAGAGGGAAUGGAAUCCCAUGUUUCAGAAUGGAGCUUUGACAUCUUAUCAAGUGAUCUUCAGUCAAGUGAAGUGAGUACUAAGAAUUAUAUGUCCCAGACUAUGACAGAUUUGGAUAUUCCAGUAAUUGAAGCAAGGUCUGUUGAAGAAAUCUACUCAUAUUUUAAGAAAAAUAGCGAAGAAAGUGCAGAAAAAUCGAUGUAUAAAAUUAUGACAGAUUCAGAGCUUCCAGUUGUUGAAGCAAGACUACCUAUUGAAGAAAGUUACUCAUAUUUCGAACAAAUUAGUGAUGAAAGCAACAAAAAAUCUUUACAUCAAACUAUUAUAGAUUCACAGCUUCCAGUUGUUGAAGCAACAUCUAUUGAAGAAAUCCACUCAUAUUUUAAAGAAACUACCAAAGAAGGCCCAAGUAUAGCUAUAUAUUAUGAGGAUGGGUCUCAAGGUUUGCCCAGUAAUGUGCAUAUGGAUGCAAAGCCAAUACAAUCUGAUUUGCAUGUCGUUGAAGCAAAUUCCAUUGAAGAUAUUGAUAUGGCUUUUAGCCGGCCUUUACAUAGUACCAGCAAUAAAGCCCCAGGAAUUACUGAAGAAAGCCCAAGUGUGCCUAUAUCUUAUGAGGUUGAGCCUCGAGAUUCACCUAAUCAUGUGCAUAUGGAUGCAGAGACAAUGCAAUCUGACCUGCAUGUUAUUGAAGCAAAUUCCAUUGAAGAUAUUGAUGUGGCUUUUAGCCAGCUUUUACAUAGUAUUAGCAAUAAGGCCCCAAGAAUUACUGAAGAAAGUCCAAGUGUGCCUAUAUCUUAUGAGGGUGAGCCUCGAGAUUCACCUAAUAAUGUGCAUAUGGAUGCAAAGACAAUGCAAUCUGACCUACAUGUUAUUGAGGCAAAUUCCAUUGAAGAUAUUGAUGUGGCUUUUAGCAAACUUUUAUAUGGUACCACCAGCAACAAGGCCUCCAAAAUUACUGAAGAAACUCCAAACUUGCCUAUUUAUCACGAGUCUCGAGAUCCACCUGAUAAUGUGCAUAAGGAUGCAAAGACAAUGCAAUCUGACCUGCAUGUUAUUGAGGCAAAUUCCAUUGAAGAUAUUGAUGUGGCUUUUAGCCAACUUUUAUAUAGUCCCACUAGCAACAAGGCCUCCAAAAUUACUGCAGAAAGUCCAAACUUGCCUAUUUAUUAUGAGUCGUCUCGAGAUCCACCUGAUAAUGCGCAUAUGGAUGCAAAGAUGAUACAAUCUGAUAUGCAUGUUAUUGAAGCAAAUUCAAUCGAAGAUAUUGAUGUGGCUUUUAGCCAACCUUUAUAUAGUACCAGCAACAUAGCCCCAAAAAUUAGUGAAGAAAGUCCAAGUGUGCCUAUAUAUUAUGGGGAGUCUAGAGAGUCACCUGAUAAUGUGUAUAUGGAUGACCUGCAUGUUAUUGAAGCAAAUUCAAUAGAGGAUAUUGAACUGGCUUUUAGUCAGCUUUUAUAUAGUACCAACAACAAAGCCUCAGAAAUUACUCAAGAAAGUCCAAGAAUGUCAAUGCAUUAUGAGUCUCGAGAUAAUGUGCUUAUGGAUGCAAAGCCAAUACAAUCUGAUCUACAUGUUAUUGAAGCAAAUUCCAUUGAAGAUAUUGAUGUGGCUUUUAACCAACUUUUACAUAGUACCAGCAACAAAGCCCUAAAAGUUAGUGAAGAAGGUCCAAGCGUGCCUAUCUAUUAUAAGCAGUCUCAAGGUUCACACGAUAAUGUGCAGACGGAUGCAAAGCCGAUACAAUCCGACCUGCAUGUUGUCGAAGCAAAUUCUAUUGAAGAUUUUGAUGUGGCUUUUGGCCAACUUUUGCAUAGUACCAGCAACAAAGUCCAGGAAGUGCAUACUGCUGAUGACAUUAUUUUGAAUUUAAAAUAACCUUUUGCAACUGAAACUAGCUCAACCAGGGAAACUGGAAACGUUGGUGAAAAAUCAGGAGAUUAAGUAUUGAUAAAGUUUGCUGCCUGAAAAAUAACAACACUUCGGAAGAAACAAGAAGAAGAUUGAGGUUCUGUGUUUUUUUUUUUUUUUCCAAUUGUUGAGUGUCAAUUUUAAUGUGUUUGUUUUACUUAUCAUUUCUUUUUUUAAAAAAAUUGUUAGUUAGUAUAUUAGAUACGGCGUUGAAAGUUUUUGGGGUGUUCUUCGCCUUUACGAUUAUAAUGCUGUUGUUUGCUUUAUGUUUGUAUUUGUUGGGUCCAUAAAUAUGUUCUUAUUCAUCUCUUUAUUGUUUGCUCAUCAUUGAUUUAGUUAA